CCAGUCUUUGGCCAAGUACUUUCACGGAAAAGUAUUUUUCCAGCGAAAACACCACAGGAUAUUCGUCGGUUUUGAAAGUACUUGGCCAGAGACAAAAAGUCUGUUUUUCUAAUAGCCCACGUCGAGCACAUGCGAGAUAUAUGUCAUCCCGGUGGAAAUGCUUUACAAAAAGACCUACUUUUCGGAAAAACCGACCUUUCUAAACAUUUUCCUGAGAAUGUGUUUAACAUUUUGGAACUUUUUGUCCGCUGUUUUUUUCUAUCGUUAAAUAUUUAGACCACCAUACCGUUGUUUUAAAAUUUUUUAAACGUGAUAUUCGUCAUCAGAAGCCCGAGUUCUACUAGUCCUGUUACUCUCGAACACUCCGGACAAAGGUGAUGUAAACUUUGGUACACUUUCAAAAGAAUCACCCUCAUGUCAUAAUCAUGCGUCACUAUCUCGGCACUUUUCGUAUGAGAAGAAAAGGUCAAAAAGACAUUCGGCAGUAUAUUGUAAGAUAUAGACGCUGACAAAACAAAACGGUCACGGAAUUAAAAUAAAAUCUGGUACAGGUAACCUAAUUAUUGGUUGGUCCAUCAGACGAUAUUGGUGAGAAGUUACUGUUCUUGACUAACGGGUGGCGCAGAAAUAAUAUGACACUUUUGUUCUCUUUUUUUCUGGCAUUUAACUGAGGUUCUAACUUAGAGCCCUGCAGGUUAUAACUUUUUGACAACCUAUAACCUAACCUGUUAAUGUUUUUCUUAACCUAACCUAGAUUAACCUAAUACAACCUAUGCAAUUUUUUCUCAAAACCUGGUUUCAGAAGCCUAAACUUCAGUUUUGUUCCAUAUCGUUAUUGUUUCGUAUCUAAACACCGUCUGAUAGGUAAGCUUAUGCAAAAUAAAUCCCAUUUUACAUGAAUAUAGAAAUGAAUUGGUUGAGUCUUUUAUUCUUUAAUGCAAUCUUUGGAAAAUAGCUUUCUUAAUAGGGAGACCCUCUUGAGAAUUCCAUUUUAGGCUCUCGAUGCUACGAAGUUUCUGUUAUUGUUGUGUAUUCGCCAUCUAUUUUUAGCAAACGUAAGUUUUUUCUCUGUACUUUCUGUUUUGAUUGUGCUAUUUUUCAGUUUAAAAAUAGUUCAGUUUAAACUAGAGUACUUUAAUCUGACCUUUAUCCUCAACCGAUAAAAUUUCACUGGAACUACGCUUUAUUACUCAAAGUAUUGGCUGUUUUAAUUUGGUAGUUCAAAGUUGGUUUUUUUCGUUUAGGUUAAAAAUAGAUGAUCAAUGGCCUACAACCUAACCUAUAGGUUAGGUUAGGUUUAACCUGCAGGGCCCUAGUUCUAAGAUUACGCUCGAGACUCAUUCCUAUACUUGUAAUGUAUAGGCCAGAUAUUCUCUCCUAUUGUUAGUAGUACUGAUGUGCUACUCAAACUAACUACUUGGACAUUUCCAUAUAACAUCGUUAGCGCUAAGUUGUAAGUGAUGUUUCAAAUUUUCCUUCAGUAUUUACAAGAUACUGUAUUGGUGCUGCUGUCACAUGACGCCGAAGUCGAGUAUUUCAAGGUAUUAAGUUGUAGAGCAUAACUUUCAAUAUGAUAUAGAUAUAUUUGCUAAUGUAGUUUUCUCCCCAACAUCAUUUCUAAAUAUGUUGCUGGUAUUUCUGUUUCGUUAUUAUUGCUCAUUCUCUGACCAGCAAUUCGUCUUUGUAUUUUUCUGUGGACGCAUUAAAAAAUGCUGGAAUUCAGUUCUAGUUGUGAAAAUUGUUAAUUUCUAAAAACAGUAUCACUGCUGGAAAGCAUUUCCUACUUGGAAAGCAUGAAAGUUCUUCUGAGGUGUUUCUAUUAGAUUUUCACACUGCUAUAUUAUUUGCAAACAAUCCGUAGCUGUAUAACUCAUGUAUCAUCGUUAAAAUCACCAUUAAGACGGCGUAAAAAAACGGUAAUAACACGUCAAUGUACGAGUUUCACUUAUUAAAAUGAACGAUGAUGAAAGUACAUUUCUAAACUCAAUGAAUGAUUUCGUGGUUUUAGUAAGACUAUGAUGCAUACCAUUUUCCGUUUUUAUGCUACAUACCAUAACAACAAAUGGUAUGGAACAAAUUAAGAAAGUUAACGUUUCUAAACUUACAUGACAAGGUAAUUGUAGACGAAACAAUGGAUGGAGCUGCUCAAAUCGAUGGUGAAAGACAUGAAGAAACAAAUAAUAUUCAACCAUGCACUUUCAAAGUGAAGUCCAGUUCGUCUGAAAAUGUGUAGCAUAGAGAACGUGAACGUUUAAUAAAGAAACAAGGUUUUAAUCGCUUUAGUCGAUAUCUUUUUAACAUGUAACUAGUGAAAAUACAUCCCCCGAUACUUGUCCGUAGAAUAAAUGAAAUGAAUAUUAUAGUGCUGAAAACUAUUUUCAAUCUCAAAAGGCUACUAUUCCUGAAGAUCAUGAACGUAUAAGACAAUCGGGUAGUGGUAUGAGUGCAUGGCAAACGGGUGCCAGUGUGAAAUCACUAAAACCGAACUGGGAAAAAAUUAAAAUAAAUCAGAUGUACAUCGGUAAUAAAGCAAAAUUUGACCAAAAUUCUGAAUUUGCACAAGAGUUAAUUUGA